AUGGACCCUGUGUUUAAUGACCGCACCCUGUUCCCAUCUGUUUAUCGAACUGUUCCUAAUGAAUAUUUAAAGUUUGAAGUCAUUGUGCAACUGCUGAUCCACUUUAAAUGGAAGUGGGUCGGGAUCAUAUCAUCAGAUGAUAUCAGCAACCAUAAAGCUAGUUUGGAACUGAUUAAAGAGAUGAAGAAUUGGGGAAUUUGUGUUGAAUAUCAUAUUGUGAUUCCAGUUUUUUUAAAUAAUAUUAUUAUAAAUAAAAACAUUAAAUUAAUUGAACAAUCAACUUCCACAGUUGUUAUCUUAUACGUCACCCUACUUCUAAUAACACAUAUUGCUUUAUUGCGGGACAGAAGUAAAUCAAUUGUGAUGGGAAAAGUCUUUGUAGUUUCAGUUGCCCUUAAUGCUAUUGAUGAUUCUAUUUAUUUGCAAUCCCUUCUAACACUGAAUGGCUCAUUGCUUAUAUCGGUUCACAAUGGGGAGAUCCCUGGUUUUGAUAACUAUUUGUCUCAUAAAGACUGGGGAAGGAUGCCAGACAAAAAUUUUGUAGAGAAUUUCAAGAUGUUUCUUAAAGAAAAAUUCUGGGAAAAUUCUAAUUAUAAUUAUAAAACAUAUUUUAUUUACAACACGGUUCAUAUACUGGCACAAGCUUUACAUCAGAUGCAUUUAGACAGAGCGCUGUUUAAUCAUGGAUCAAAGGACUUAACAGAGGAAUCAAAAUACAAGCUGAACCAUUACCUGAAAAAGGUUCAUCUGAAAUCAUUCUCUGAUGAAAUAUUCUUUAAUGAACAAGGAUCUGUUAGUGGGAAAUUUGAUAUUUUCAACUUUAUUGAAUCAAAACAACUAUUGACAAAAGUUCCUGUUGGCAGUUUUGUGCCAUUUGCCGCUCUAAAGCUGUUCAUCAAUGAAAGCGCCAUUGUAUGGAAUCCAUAUUUCAAUAAGACUCCGGUCUCUCUGUGUAAUGACAUUUGUCCUACUGGCUACCGAAAAGCUCUUGAGAAGGGAAAAUUCCCUUGUUGCUAUGACUGCAUUCGUUGUUCUGAGGGGGAGAUAGCCAGCUCUCCGGAUGCAGAACAUUGUCUCCAAUGCCCAGAAGAUCACUGGUCCAAUCCAAGUAGGGAUUUUUGCCUCAGAAAAGCUGUGGACUUCCUCUCCUAUGGGAACUGCUUGGGAAUGGUAUUAGCAACUGCCGCCCUUCUCUUCUCUGUAUGCACCGGUGCAGUCCUGUGGCUCUUUAUAAAGAACAGGAGCAGCCAAAUUGUGAAAGCCAAUAAUCGGAACCUCAGCUACAUCCUUCUUGUUUCUCUCUUCUUGUCCUUCUGCUGCUGUUUCUUGUUUAUUGGGCGCCCUGUGCCCAUAACCUGCAUCCUGAGACAAACUGCAUUUUUGUUCUUAUAUACUGUCGCCAUUUCUUCUCUACUUGGAAAAACACUGACUGUUAUUAUUGCAUUUCAUGCCACAAAACCUGGGACCAGGUUAAGGAAAUUUGUGGGAUCUAGGGUUUCUAUUUCUCUUGUACUACUUUGUUCAUUAGGCAAACUUGCCAUUUGCAGCACUUGGCUGAUAUGGGCUACACCAUUUGUGGCACUCGGUACCAAGACAACACAACAGACAAUGACUCUCUGGUGCAAUGAAGGUUCUAUUGCUGCUUUCUGUGUGGCAGUUUCUUACACAGCUGUGUUAGCUCUUCUUAGUUUUAUUGUUGCCUUUAUGGCAAGAAAAUUACCAGACAGAUAUAAUGAGGCGCAGCACAUCACCUUCAGCAUGCUGGUGUUCUUUAGUGUCUGGGUCUCCUUCAUCCCAACAUACCUGAGCACCAAAGGCAAAUACAUGGUGGCUGUGGAGACAUUCGCUAUACUUGCCUCUACUGCUGGAUUAUUGUCCUGUGUAUUUGUCCCUAAGUGCUAUAGUAUAUUCUUUAAAGUUAAUCUAAACACUGAAAAGAGAUAG